UUCCGCAUGGAGGAGGAGCAGAAGAUUUACAAUGAGCAAGGGGUGGAGGCCUAUGUAAAAUACCAGCUGGACCAUGAGAACGAGCCCUUCCUCCCUGGGGCUGCCUUCCCCUUCGUCAAGGCGUUGGAAGCGGUGAACAUGCAGCUGCGCCAGCUCUACCCCGACAGCGAGGAGCUUUUCGACAUCGUUCUCAUGACCAACAACCAUGCCCAGGUUGGGGUUCGCUUGAUCAACAGCAUCAACCACUAUGAUCUGUUCAUUGAGAGGUUCUGCAUGACGGGAGGGAACAGCCCCAUCUGUUACCUCAAGGCCUAUCACACCAACCUCUACCUCUCCUCCGACGCCGAGAAAGUGAGUGGGGCCAUUGAAGAGGGGAUCGCUGCAGCCACCAUCUUCAGCCCCAGCAAAGACCCGGAGGUGUCGGAGAACCAGCUGCGGGUGGCAUUUGAUGGUGAUGCCGUGCUCUUUUCUGAUGAGUCGGAGCAGAUCGUGAAGGCUCACGGCUUGGACACGUUCUUUGAGCACGAAAAAGCUCAUGAGAACAAGCCUCUGGCACAGGGACCCCUGAAGGGCUUCCUGGAGGCCCUGGGGAAGCUGCAGAAGAAGUUCUAUUCCAAGGGGCUGAGGAUGGAGUGUCCCAUUCGCACCUACCUGGUCACUGCCAGGAGCGCGGCCAGCUCGGGAGCCCGGGCCCUAAAGACUCUGCGCAGCUGGGGCCUGGAGACGGAUGAGGCUUUGUUCCUGGCCGGGGCUCCCAAGGGGCCGCUGCUGAAAAAGAUCCGUCCUCACAUCUUCUUCGAUGACCAGAUGUUCCACGUGGAGGGAGCCAAGGAGAUGGGCACCGUCGCUGCCCACGUGCCCUACGGCAUUGCCCAGAAGCACAAGCGGUCGACGCAGGAGAAGCAAACCCCGAACAGCAAGUAGCGGAGCUGG